AUGACACUAUCAGUAGUACCAUCAAAACCGAAACGAUAUUAUUUACCAUUAUCAUUAUCAUUUGAUGAUGCUGAAUAUCGCUACAAACGAUGGCAAUAUGAUAUUAGGCAACAAUUGUGCGAAUCGAAUAUUGCGGAUUUACGGUAUUUCGAUGCUGAAUUGUUCGUACAUACUACAACGCUUCAUCCAACAAUGCACACACAACAACAUUUUGCCAAAAAUCAGUAUGACAAUUUGUUAUCACAAAAGGAAAUGUCAUUGCCAUUCUUAAGGCUUACCAAUGGUAAUAAUAGGUUGAAACAAACGGAAAGCAUUCCAAAACAAACAUUGCCGCAGCAAUUGUCCAAAGUUUCUCGAUCUUUGACAUUAACUUCUAGUAAUGGGGAACAAAUGUCCCAAAAAUAUCGCCAUGAACGAUUGAAAAAUAUAAAACCUAAGAAAAUCUCGAAAAUUUUGCUUGCAACAAAGCAUAUCAGUUUGUUAUCAUCACGACAUGAAACUGAUGACAAUGAAACAGACUUCGUGGAUACAGAUUAUAAUCGGAAUCAUAAUACGAAUUCGGAAAUAAGAUCGCCUACAAUGAGAAAUUCCAAUCGUUUCAUCGAGCAUCGUCUGAAGACAACAUUUGUGACAUCGGCGGAAAAAAUGAAACACGUCUUUUAUCGGAAUCCAAAAUUGGUUGGAAGUCCAACAACGUUAAAUGAUCAUAAUUAUAUUCGGAGGUUGCAGUAUUCAGUAAACUAUUUUACUGAUGAUGACAGUGAUGUAAGCUACGUUUGA